ACAAAGCCUCCAGCAUGAGCAUACCAGAAUCAAGACAAGAGGAAGUCUAUCUUAUUUCACUAAUAAACAAAGGCAGAGUUGUAGCCAAAGGUAGGUUAGUGACUACUGAUAGCCGAAGAGAGAUUUUAGGAACAAAGCUUGGAACAGAAUUCUGGGGAGUUUAUGUUAAAGGCCUUGAGAAUAUUGAGCGUGGCAAUAUUGGAGAUGAGGAGAUACCUAGACAAUUUGAUCAGAUUCGUACAGUAAUUGAUGCUAUUGGCUAUGUUAUUGCUUGGCCAAGUACACAUGUGAAGAAAGCUAGAAGUUCAUCUCGUACUCGCAACAAGUUGGUAUCUGCAGCACGGGGACAGAGCUAGAUGGGAA